ACCGCCGCAGCGCCGAGCCCGGCCGGCGCCGCCCCUUCGGGCCCGGCCGGGAGCAUGGGGCUGAGGAUGCAGCGCGGCGGCAGGCGGAGCCAAGCUAAAAUGAAUGAAUGCUCAGCUGUUGUCAUUCCCAGAUGUGGUCCAACAAGUCCAUUUAAAGGACACUUAAGUAAUAAAAGUAAUGUUUUCUGCCUUGGCUCCGCUCGAAAUCUAGCUAGCCAAUACCUGAUCAGAGAUCACAUGGUGGUUCAUUAUAACAGAAUUCUUUCAGCCAAAGCAGCUGUAGACUGUUCAUUGCCCAAAAGUAGGUUGGCCAGCAUCAAACUUGCUGACCAGCAGAGAAGAGAGAAACUGAAAAAGAAGAUAGCCAGAUGUGGACAGAAGAUAAGUGUGUGUGAAACUGUCUCUCCAUCCUGUCCAAGAGACAGUGGAAGGCUGCCGCCAUCCUCUUUUGGAAAGAGUCUCUUGGAAGCAGAAGAUGGUGUCUCACCCUCUGCUGGGGAGGCACAGUACCUAUCAAGUGCACCAUCUCCUUAUGGCAAGGAUUGCUUGGUUCACUCCAGUCCAGUGAAAUGCACCAGGAAAUGUUCUCGGCAUGCAGCCGGGGCAUCCUACUCCAGUGUCUGUGUGUCAAGGGCACCAGGCAAACGCUCUGCACUUCCACGCAGUCACUCCAUCGAGAGCUUUGUGAGCAUUGACUAUUCCCAGAGGUGCCAAGGAAACCACCCCAGAGCCACUGGUGGGGAUCUUCUGGAGAAGCACUCUGAGUGCUUCACUAAGAGCCGCAAACCUUUCACUCCACGCACCUUAAUAUCAAAUGCUAAACCUUUCCUGUCAGAGUACAGGUUUUACACUCCUGCUCGAAGGAGGAAGAAAAAUCACCGCAAGCGGUGUGUGGAAGCUCAAACACAGACUGAUAUGACCAGCUUUCCAUCUGCAGACCAAGUGCAUGUGAGAAAAGUCACAAGUGAAAAGCAGAAGAUACAAUCAAAGGCUGAAGAUAAAAGAUAUGCUUUGGAUGAGCCUGAGAGAGAAGUGGAUGGGUUUCAACACUCCAGCCUAAGAGAGACAUCAUGGUGUCCUCAGAAGUCCUCACCAAAGAGAACUGUCGAUGCUGAAGAAGAGGAGCUUUUGUAUUUAACUUUCAUUGAAGAUGUAACAAAUGAAAUUCUUAGACUUGGCUUAUUUUCCAACAGGGUUCUGGAUCAACUGUUUGAGUGCUAUAUAGAAGAAAAUAAGAACCGCCUUGAUGAGGGCAAAAUGCGCCAGAUGUUGGAUGUGCUGAAAUCAGACCUUGGCUGCAGCCAGGACAGCAACAUAGAGCUCAUCCGUGCGGCUCAGGAAGCCUCAGGCCCACGGGAUCUGCAGGAGUGUGAUACAACAGGAGAGCUCAAGUUUGCCAGUAAAGGUCACAAGCUGAGGAAAGCUACAAAAAAUGAAGAAUUCCUUGAGACCAUAGACUUGUCAUUAAAGAAACCAAACAAAUGUGAAUCAAUGCCCCGGAGCAAAAGGUCGAGGGAGACAAGGGGCAAGAAGGACUUCUCAGAAGAUACCACAGAAAUUAUGGGUGCUGGGACAGACUCUGACUUCUGUGGUGUGGAAUUUGAAGAACACCCAGACACUUCAUCCACCUGUGAGGCAGCUUUUUUUGCUUGUGACAGUGAUUUGGAAGUCAAUAAGGAACUUGAUGAGCUUGAGGAAAACUUUCAAGAGGCCCUUCACAUUUCACGUAACUAUUCAUAACUGUAACCAAAACUUACCUGUUAAACAGGGAUAGAGUUCCUUCUGUGGUUAACUGCCAUUUGCCAACCAGUAGUGAAUUGUUAGGUUUAUUUUCAGUUAUUUCUGUUUAAAUACUGCUAAGGUCUCUGUAGCAGGAUACUAUUAAUUGGAUAAUAAUCUUUGUGUAAAUUAGAUCUUAAAGGAUAAAGGGUCAGUUAUCAGAAGAAUUUUGUGUAUUUUGCCCAUACUGUAUAACUCGAAACAAACUUAAGAAUAUUAAAACUAGAUUUAUAUUUUUAGAGCUGUAAUAAUAAGUUAAUGAAAUAUUUAUUGAUUUAAAUAAUUGAUAGCGCA